UUUAGAUGAGCUGAAGGGCGGCAAUGGGACGUAUUACCAUAGCAAGCUCAUGAGCAGAUCAUGGCUUCUAGCUACUCUCCCAUCGCUUUCGCUGCUCUCCGAAGCUAUCCUUCAACCCGCCUUGGCGUCGGAAUACGGGUAGCGAAACCCUUGAAGCCAGCAUGCACACGAUCCAUGGUCAAUCGACUGCAGGCGUUCCUGCCGGUCGCCGGCUUCGGGUGGGAUGAUGUAAUCCGAGCAGCCGAGCGUGAUGACGACGAUCCAUCCGAUCUCCGAGGAUACUUCCAGAGAUUACAAACUUGCAAUCGUGGAUCCGAUUUGCGGACCCAGUUCGUUCCGUUUCUUGUCGAGGACGAAGUUGUUGGGUGCGUACACGAAGGCUUUAUCAAGCAUCUUAAAAAGUUUCAAGGCGUAUUUACAUUUAUGCUGGAUAAAGAUAGCUGUGCUGCUGGUGCUCAUGUUAAAAUUCACUCAUCACUCAAAACACCAGAGGACCGAACAAGUGCUGUUGGUGACAUCAUUAAAUGUUUAGGAGAUCUUAUUCCUGGUGUUCGUAAUGAGUUAUACCCGGUAACAUCAUCUUUUGGGAAACAAGUACUAGUCUCUCUUGAACGUGCAGCUGCUCCCUAUUUUGGCAUAAAGGCUUAUGGCGUUCAUAUGAAUGGCUAUGUGGUGAAGAGUGGGCAGAAAUUUCUUUGGGUAGGGAAGAGAAGUGAUCUCAAGCCUACCUAUCCUGGAAUGCUUGAUCACCUCGUAGCUGGAGGCCUGCCUUUUGGGAUCAGUUGUAAAGAAAAUCUUGUGAAAGAAUGUGAGGAGGAAGCUGGCAUUCCAAGGUUUAUCGCUGAAAAAGCUAUCUCUGUUGGAGCAGUGUCCUAUGUGGACAUUGAAGGGCACAAAUUUAAGAGAGAUGUACUUUUCUGCUAUGAUCUUGAACUCUCAUCUGAUUUUGUUCCUAAGAAUGAAGAUGGCGAGGUUGAUAGCUUCAAACUGAUUCCAGUAGCUCAUGUUGCAAACAUUGUUCGAAGAACUGAGUUCUUUAAGCCAAACUGUUCACUCGUCAUUGUUGAUUUUCUCUUCAGACAUGGGUUCAUUAAUCCAGAUGACAUCGGUUACUUAUCGCUAUUGCAUAGCUUGAGGAGUGGAAUAUGCUCUUGAACCUUAUUAAGGUGCUUGCUUAGCUCUCCUCACACCAAACAUGGGCUCAUUAUGUUGCAUGUCUUUUAUCAUGUACUAACCCCGUUGUUUUGCAGUUUAAGUCUUUUUUUUUUACUUAUAUCAUGUACUUUUUAGAGUCCAUUGGCUCGAGACUGUAUUAGAAAUAAGGUAUGGACACGGGUUUCAAGACACACGGGGAUGACUAA